GUUCAGCAUUAGUCGGAGUAACAAUCUUUUCAAAUUCUUCUUUGAUAUAAACAUGAGUGGUAAACUUAUUUUGUACAAUAUAGAUCUGAGUCCACCGGUUCGAACGGUAAAGACUGUCGCAAAAUUACUUGGUUUAGAUCUUGAACUUCGUAAUAUAAAUUUAUUGGAAGGUGAACAUCUAAAGGAACCAUACGCAAGGAUCAAUCCCGAGCGUGUUGUACCCACCUUGAUCGAUGGAGAUUUCAUCAUUUGGGAGAGUCACGCCAUUUGCGCAUAUUUAGUGGAUAAAUACGGCAAAGAAAAAGAUUGUGCAUUAUAUCCAAAGGAUUUGCAAUUGAGAGCCAAAUGCAAUCAACGGAUGAUUUUUGAUGCUGCAAGUCUGUUUGUACGUUUGCGUGACUGUUCGCGUCCGAUAUUUUUCCAAGGACAUAAAGAAGUACCGCAGGAAAAAAUCGAUUUAAUUUAUACGGCCUAUGACAUUCUGGAAGAAUUUCUUGCAAUCGAUCCAUUUUUGGUGGGCAAUAAUUUGACGAUUGCCGAUAUUAGUGCGUCAAUAACAAUACUACCACUUGAAAUAUACGCUCCACUCAAGCCUGAAAAGCAUGCAAAAAUCAUCGCGUGGUUGAAGCGUGUCAGCAAAACCAUACCGUUUUUCGAUAAAAUGAAUCUGAAAUGCGUUGAAGAAGUACGUCAAAUGAUUCAUGCGGCUUUGGAAAAGAAUAGGCACAGCUCAUAGUUUUGUGGGAAAUAAAUUGAAGUUUUGAUUCAUUUUGAAAUGUGAAGGGUAUUGAAGUGAAGGGAAAUAAUGAUGUAAUGAUGCUUUACAUCUACUGAUCAGACUAUUCAGCAAAACACAAAGAGUUUUUCUUCAUAGAAUAAUAACAGGAAAAAUGAAAUAAAAUUUGAACUUUUAUGUAUGUCCAUUUUGACACUCAAAUUUUUAUUUUAUUCCAAAAGAUUACAGAAACUACUCAA